AUGCACGAUCAAAAAAAAAAGAAGGAGGUGCUGACGCCUGAGGCGAAGGAGGCUGCGGCGCAGGAAAACGCGCGUGUUGGUGCUCUGUACUUAUCCAUCUUGGCGUCCAACAAGGCUCGCGUGUACAACACAAAAACACUCGAGAAUACCGAGGCGCUGCUGCUGGCCGUGCCGGAGGCCUACACGGUGUAUAACUGUCGCCGCUUGGCCCUCGAAGCCGUAGCACCAAUGCUUCCCUGUGCUGGCUCAUCUGUGUCGGCCACAGGGAUGAGCAGUGCUGCAGUGGAGCCUGCUCCGGUUCCUCGCCGUGAGGAGUGGCUUGUGCAGGAGCUGAAGCUCAACGCAAAGGUGCUGUUGCUGAACUACAAAAAUUACAGCGCUUUCCUACACCGGCACUGGAUCUUUGACCAGCUAGUGGCCUUGGCCGGGCUGGAGAUGCAGCAUGCGACUGAACAUGCUGUGAGUACAGCGCUGGACGGCACUGCGCCUGGCACCUAUAAUCUGCUCUGCGGCCUCCUUCGCAAGGAGCGUGCGCAGUGCGAGAAGCUGCUGGAGUUGGACGAGCGCAACUUUCAUGCCUGGAACUAUCGUCGCUGGGUCCUGGCGCAGGAGCUCCGCGCGAUGCAGCUUGCAGCGACCCACCGCCCAGCUUCUUUGCCGCUCGCCUCAGAAGGGGCAACCCAGCCUUCUGGGUCCGCUACGCCGCCGCUGACAUUCUUCUCUCCGGAAGAAGCUGCAGAGCUCACCUACACGACGCACAAGAUUAAGAGCAACUUUUCUAACUACAGUGCGUGGCAUCAGCGCUCGCUGGCCAUCCAAUCCGCGGUGACGAGAUGGCAAUCUCAGCAAGUGCAGGAGGGCGUCCCUAGUGCUGCGGCGGACGCGCAACAACACCAGCAGGCGUGGCAGGCAGCCCUUUUGACGCAGUUGAAGGAUGACAUCGAUUUUUUGAAGCAGGCGGUGUACUGCGACCCGAACGACCAGGCGGCGUGGUUCUACGCACCGUUUGUAUUUCAACUGUUGCGCAGGCAGUACCACUGCGAGGACGAGAAGGCGGAGGCGCUAGAAAACUCCUUCAUGGAUGCCGUGAUUGAUCUCGUUGCCGAGGUGAAUCGAGCGGGUAUGGACGACGAAUGCUACUUGCCGUACUACUUCCUCCUUGAUCAGCUUGUGGUACUGCAAGCUGCAUCUCAGGAGCUAGCGAGGUCGACAACGGCUGCGUCCGCGGCCCCUGACACGCGCAGCAGCGCAUCUCUGGAGCGGCACAUCACACGGCUCUGUGAGAAGGUCCCAUCGAUUUUGGCGUCAGCGAAUGGCGAGGCGGAAGGCAACAGAGACGAGGCGAACGCACGGCGGUGCUGCUUUCGAUACCUGCACACACGCUUGCGGAAGGCGGACACACUACGCCGAUGUCUCUACGACGACCUGUUUCAGCGCGCUCUACAGGGAUGUCACUCAUGA